AUGUGCAAAGCUGCUGGAGCUCAAGAGAUACUUGCCUUCUCUGACUCUCAGCUCAUUGUGAGUCAAGUAAAUGGGGACUAUGAGGCAAGGGACCCUAACAUGAUCAAAUAUAUGCAAGCUGUGCAUAAAGAAAUAGAACAUCUAAAGAGCUUUGAAGCUAAGCAGAUUCCCAGAACGGAGAACAAUCAGGCCGAUGCCCUGUCAAAACUAGCUAGCUCGGCUUCCUAUUAUACACCGCGUCACGUGUUUUGGGAAGUAAAGGAUAAGCGAAGUAUUGAGCAGGAAUUGUGCACUCCUAUGGUAGCUAUUCUGGAUCGGUCGUCAACCUGGAUGGACCCUAUCAUUGCUUACAAAGUGGACGGUACGCUUCCGGACGAUUCAAGUCUGGCCGCCAAAAUACAAAAGAAGAGUUCUUGGUUUGAAUGGUGGAAUGGAGUUUUGUACAAGAAGUCAUUUUCUAGACCCCUCCUGCGGUGUGUCACUCCUGAGAAAGGGAAAGAAAUUCUAGAUGAUUUUCACCAAGGAUUAUGUAGCUCCCACAUUGGAGGACGAGCCUUGGCAGAGAAAGCCUUGCGAACUGGUUAUUACUGGCCCACUUUGAGAGAAGACGCCCUAGCCUUGGCCGGCCCACCCUCUCACUCCUAUUAUGAGUCCCAUUCCGUUUGCCAAGUGGGGCCAUAUACAGCGGCCCCUGGAGGCCGGCGCUAUGUGAUAGUGGUUGUUGAUUACUUCACCAAGUGGGUUGAAGCAGAGGCUCUCAAGAACAUAAAGACAAGUGAUGUGAGGGCGUUUAUCUGGAAAAAUAUCAUGACUCGCUUUGGAAUACCUCAAGCUAUCGUCUUUGAUAAAGGGCCUCAGUUUGAGACGCCUAAGCUGAAGGAGUGGUUAGCAGACCACGGCAUACACAGCUGCUUUGCCUCUGUGGGACGACCUCAAGCCAAUGGCCAAGUCGAAGCUUUUAACAAAAUCAUCUCCGAGGGGAUCAAGAAGAAACUAGAUGAAGCCAAGGGUCUAUGGGCCGAUGAGCCACCAAACGUCUUAUGGUCCAUCCGCACAACGGCUAAGAACUCAACCGGCGAAACCCCAUUCCUGUUAGCCUUUGGAGCUGAGGUCGUAUUGCCCAUAGAAAUGUGUGAACCUACACUAAGGGUCAUGUUAUAUGACGAGAAUGCCAACUGGGAAAUGAUGAAGUUGGCCCUUGACUUUUUACCUGAAGUAAGAGGAAAGGCAGCAUUAAGGCAACAACUGUACAAGAUAAGGAUGGCGAGGGAGUACAACAAGAAAUUCUCUAAAAGAGUGCUCAAAGUAGGAGACUUUGUUCUCCAAAAAAUGGAAUCUGUGGGACGAGCCAACGAACAGGGUAAACUGACGCCCACUUGGGAGGGACCCUAUGAGAUCUAUGACGAGGUCAGAGAUGGAACCUAUCGCAUUCAGGACAUGCAGGGCCGACCAAUUCUACGCACCUGGAAUGCAGACAAUCUCAAAAAAUACUUUUUCUAA